AUGCCCGUGUCGAAGGCGAGGCAGCUGACGGACCGGCUCGAGGACGACGCUAGGGACCUCUUCCACAGGAUCCCCGCGAGCCACUUCGACCUGCUGGGGCUGCCCCGGGACUCCGCGGCGGCGGCCCGGGAGCCCGAGAUGUUGCGGCUGCUGUCCGAGGACGGGAGCCGCCCUUCCCCGCAGCAGAUGCAGGCGGUCCACGACGUGUUCCUCUCGAUCGUGGAGGCGAAGUAUUGGCUGCACAUCCACACGGGCGAGUUCAGCGGCGAGGAGGCGGAGCACCUGCUGUCGAGCGUGGCCAGCGCUCGCCCGCUGGCCGCGUGGCGCCUGCGGGACCUGGAGUACCUCAGGAGGUAUCUGUUGGACCUGCACACGUUCGACGCGGAAGCUACUUCGGCGACCACGAUGCAGAGUGCGGAAAGCAUGCGGUCGAGCGGCGAGGCCUGGGAGAGGGCGGUCUCCAGCUCCACCGACGGCCCGUCGGUCUCGGCGUUGGCCGGCGCGGACUCCCAGACGGCGGCUGGCGUGAACUCCCUCGUGCCCGAGGGCACGGAGCACAAGGGCAGACUGAGACGACUCGUCGACUCGUACGCGUACACGGUCGCCUCCAUGUUCGUCGUCAUGUGCUGGGGCUUCGUUAGCAUGGGCAUCGCCAUCUCCACAGACCGCGGCGACAUGGAGAAGUUCGGCCAGUGGAGCGUGGUCAUCGUGUGCAUGUUCGGUGUUCUCAUGCUGGACCUUGGCCUGAGGCUGCUUGCCUUGGGCCGGGCUUUCUUCAAGAACGGCUGGAACGUUCUGGACGCGGUCUGCACACUCGUGGCCGUUUUAGGCUUCGUGCUGGAGCUGCUCGUUGCCGAGCACGUUCGGGUGAUCAUCUGGGGCACCCCCGUGUCGCAGGAGGUGGAUCCGCGCCGCGGCCUGCUUCCAGGUCCUGCGGGUGCACCGGCUCUUCCAGACCCGUGCGCUGCAGGGCCCUCAGGGAGUCCUUUCUGGUUGAGAUCUGCGUGA